AUGUCUUCUUCAUCUUCGACCGUCCUUGUAACGGGCGCAAAUGGAUAUCUCGGCUUGCAUGUCGUUGAAAAACUGCUCAAGCAUGGCCACACGGUUUGCGCGACAGUGCGUUCCAAGAGGGCUGCCGAAAUAGUCAAAACAAAUUUUCUGGAACAGUUCAAGUCUCAUCAGCUUCGUACCGGCUUCAUCGAAGAUUUGACCAAGUCAGAGUGCUUCCGCGACAUAUUUGAUGAGACCAUUACCAGUGUCGUUCACGUGGCUAGUCCUUGCCCAAUGGGCAAGAAUAUCCAGGACAAUGUACGCGAAAUGCUUGGCCCGGCCAUUGCCGGUACUACAGCCGUACUAGAAGCGGCCAAGACAUACGCAUCUCCCUCGUUUCGCAGGGUCGUGCAAAUAUCUUCUUUCUCCGCCAUGCUCGACAUCUCCAAAGGCCCCCGUCCGGGGUACGUCUAUACCGAAGCCGACUGGAACCCAGUGACAUACGAAGAGGCUGUGACGGAGAAGAACCCGACGGUCCUGUACGUGGCAUCCAAAGCGCUGUCUGAGAAAGCUGUCUGGGAGUGGAAGGCUGAGCAUAGGCCACAAUUUGACAUCGUUUGCCUGUGUCCAUCGACGGUUUUCGGUCCUCAUAUCGAUACCAUUGAAUCUAUCGCUGGCCUGCACUCGACGGCUUCCCUUCUCUGGAACCUGGUCGAUGCCCCCGAAGUCCCACCACUUGACUUUGCUGGAGUCAUUGACGUGCGCGAUGUUGCUCUCAUGGUUGUAGCCUCCAUCGAGAAGCCCGAGGCCAGUGGCAAGAGGUUCCUACUGGCGGAGCAUUUCGACUGGCAAAGCGCUGCUGACGUGGCCAGAGAAGGCCUGCCCCAAGAAUCUCGCUCCAGAAUUCCGGUAGGCAAGCCUGGCUCUGGUAAGGUCGAAGCUCUAAGAAAUCUUUAUACUGUCGAUGGGUCUAAGGCAGUCGAGGUUCUUUGUGUCGGAUAUCGACCGCUGACUGAGACGGUGAAUGACACUCUGAAACAGUUUCUUGAGGUUGAAGCGAGAGAUAAGGCAUCUUCAGCCUAA